AUGACCUCCGGGGCCAGGUACUCGUGGGUGCCCACGAAGGACCUGGACCGGGCGUUGACCGGCUCGGCGACGAGCUCCGGCUCGGUCUCUUCCAGGCCCUCUUCUCGGGGGGCUGCUGCCCUCGGAACAGGCGUUCUCUUCCUGCCGUAGAAGCAGGAAAGUACAGGUUGCAUGGGCGGCGGCACGCAGGAGGCGGCGCCGCCCGCUGGGCCACCGUGCUUGGAGCCGACGGGCCCGUGGGAGGGAAGGCGGCGGUGGCGGAGGAGCUUGGGGACGACGUCGCACUUGAAGGAGAGGUCGAAAUCGGAGAGCAUGACGUGGCCGUCGCCGCGGACGAGGACGUUCUCCGGCUUGAGGUCCCGGUAUACCACUCCCAUCAUGUGGAGGUACUCCAGCGCCAGCAGGAUCUCCGCCACAUAGAACCUGAGCGGCGGAGGAGGGCAUACCCGCCGUUAGAAACUUCCGUCGUCCACCUUGAAUCUCUCGGUCAACUGUUUAAUUGUCCCCCAAAUGGCCGUCUCCAGCCUUUAUCGGAGAAAGCUCAGAGAGAGAGAGAGAGAGAGAGAGAGAGAGAGAGAGAACUACCCGUGCCAUGCUCCAUCGUUUUACCAUGAGAAAGGAAGGUAUAAAGUGGUACGACGCUAUGGGGAGAGAGAGAGAAAGAUCACGGAGUUCAUGGAAGGGGAAGGAGAGAGAGAGGGAGAGAGGGAGAGGGUGGGGAGGGGGUUGCGUACUUGGCGGAGGAGACGCUGAAGCGACGACCAGGCUGGCGCUGGCGGAGGGCGUGGAGGUCACCACCAGGACAGAACUCCAUGACUAAGCAAGAAUAGUUUGCGGCUUCAAAGCUGGCGUAGAGCGUGGGCAGGAAAGGGUGGUCGAGGGUGGCGAGAAUCUCCCUCUCCAUCUCCGCUCGUUGGAGCUUCUUCCGGACGGCGAGCGCCUCCUUGUCCACCACCUUCAUGGCGUAGGCGCACUCAGCGCCGCCGAACCCGGGUUCGUGGAGCCGGCACAGGUAUACGUUCCCUAGAUCGCCGCCGCCGAGCCGCCGCACCAACCUGAAGUGGUCGAGCCCCACGCGGCCGGCCGCCGUCUGCAGCCUCCUGAUGGCCACCCAUUCCGCCUGGUUCGCCUUGUGCGGCUUGUAGGCGGCGCUGGCGGCGCUUUCGCCGCCCAAGGACCGGACGGAGAGCGAGCUCGUGCUGCUGAAGCUAACGUCGCUUAUCCUGCUCCGGCAGGAUCCCCGGGGGGCUACGGAGGAGGAGCAGCUGCUUUCGUAG